AUGUUGAAUUCCAAAAAAUAAAUUAAACUUAAGCUUCAACGAGAAUAGAAACCAUUCCCACAUUUACAUGUUAUACAUAUUGAUGAAAACUUAUAACAAUUAUGCAAAUUACUUGAUAAUCAAUAAACUUUAAAGACUGAUAUAUAGAAAUAAACAAAAAAAGUAUUAAAAAAUAGUAAAACCAUAAUUACAACUAAUAAACAAUCAUCCAUAAUUAAAUUCAUUAUCUAAAAUAAAACAAAGAUCUUUUCAUAGAAAGAAAACUAUUAAUAAUCACCAAUUUUCAAAAGUCUAAUUAUAAAGUAAUCUUAGCCACUAACCAAACCCUUCAUAGGUUCUUUUAGAGAAAAAAAAAUCUUCUCUGUUUAAUAUCCUCGAAGAUUAUCAACAAUUUAAAAUAAAAUUAACAAUUCCUAUUAAGACAUCUAGAUUGGACCUUGGGAAGAAGAAUGA